AUGAGCUCUAAAAGGCCUGCACCUCUUGUCGGUAACAGAGAAUCCGAGCCUCACACAAAACGAUCUAAGAUCGGCCACUUUCCUGAGCGGGCUCAACAUGAAAGCCUUUCGGAAAACAAUAAUCCGGCUCGGGUCUCUAGCUGCAGUUCUCGGCUCUCCUUGCUGAAAACACUUGUUGAAGAAGCAACCAAUGAUCCUGUUAUUGCACAGACUGAACCCAAAAUCGCACAAGCGAUAUUAACGCUAAACAAUGCUUUUCAGAAUUCGAACAACUCUGCUUUACUUGAUUGUGAAUCUUCUGAAGCUCCAGGCCCCAAAUACUCAAUUUCACAGCCGUCUGGAACUCGAUCUGGAAUGCCGAGCUUGCCACCGAUUCGGGAUACUUUGCUACGACGGGCUGUUUUCAUACACCCCGCCUGUGGGAAGCCUCAAGAUGCUUCAUAUGACCGACUGGAGAUACUAGGAGACGCAUACAUCGAGCUCAUGGCAACAAAACUAGUGUGGGAAAGAUAUCCCGGGAUUCCUGCUGGGAGGAUAUCGCAAAUCCGGGAAAGCUUAGUCAAGAAUGAGACACUUGCAAAAUUUACUGAGAAAUACGGUUUUGAUCAAAAGGUGUCGGUACCACCGACCUACCCCGGCCAGCCAAAACGAUGGAUUAAGACCAAAGGCGAUAUCUUUGAAGCCUAUGUGGCUGCUGUUGUACUAUCUAAUCCACAAAAUGGCUAUGAAAUUGCUGAGGAGUGGCUAGUGGGUUUAUGGUCACCAUUACUAGACGAUUUGGGAGAUCAGAAAGUGGAAUUGCGCUCUAAGGAGGAGCUUGCCAAAAAGGUUAUGGGCAAAGGUAUCAAGCUGGAGUAUGUCCCCGAACGCGAUCCUAUUCAAGAAAAGGGCAGCGGUACCCAAGUUUUCUUUAUUGGGGUCUACCUCACAGGCUGGGGUUGGGAAAGGAAACAUCUUGGCUCGGGGCAGGGGUUAAGUAAAGCGGCAGCAGGGGAUGAAGCAGCUCGAGUUGCCCUCCUUAACACAUCACUGAUCUCUAGAAUUGUUACUACCAAGGAGAUAAUAAUGAAAGGAAAGUAG